CCCAAAACAAACCCGUGAAAACGUUUUAUCCGCUUGGGGCUGGUCGUUUCCUGCUCCGGCUUGUAGUUCGCGUAGACUUCAUGGCGAACAAGCACUCCAACGAGACCGUGCUUGAGCAGCUGAAACAUGGACUCGCCGAGUUCGAGCUCGUCUCUUCUCCCGUUGCUUCGGUGUCGACUCGCAAGAUACGCACACUUUCCACUUCAACCCUGCUUCUUUGCGAUAACGCCCAUCGGUUCUUUGCCAGAAUCGGCCCAUCUCUGGAUGGAGCUUCACCAGCAAUGAAAAAAGUGGAACAUUACUCAGUUCAGAAAGUCACGGGUGAUGGACGCUGUCUGUUUCGUGCAUUGGUCAAAGGGAUGGCUUUCAGCAAGGGAAUCGCUCUUAACCCACAGAAAGAGAGAGAAGAUGCGGAUGAACUUCGGAUGGCUGUAAAAGAGGUCAUUUGUGAUAAUGAUAAAGAACGCCUCCAGUAUGAAGAGGCGUUGGUUGCAAUUACUGUUGAAGAGUCUCUGAAACGUUACUGCCAACGGAUUAGACGAUCUGACUUCUGGGGAGGAGAAUCAGAACUUCUGGUACUGUCGAAGUUGUGUUGCCAGCCAAUCAUUGUAUAUAUACCAAAACAUGAGCAUACAAGAGGUGGAUGGGGCUCUGGUUUUAUCCCCAUAGCAGAGUAUGGAACAGAGUUUGGCAACGCAAAAGGUAGGAAAAUUGUGAGGCUAUUGUACAGUGGUAAUAACCACUAUGACUUACUUGUGUAGCCACUUCACUAAUUGUUGAAUUUUUGUGCCGGAGCUAUGCAUUAAUGUAGUUUUUGUACCAAAUGGCGUUUGUUAAAAUGAGAAAAAUAAGACUGUAUUAAAAUAAAUUUGGAAUACUUUCUCGAUCAAGAUAUG